AUCAUGCUCGGCAUCGCAUGCGAGCAAAUCACAAUCGUUUACUUCUUGGCUCAAUCUGCAUUGCGUUCUCUUCUUCAGAUCCCGUCGUCAAGCAAUAGCUCACAAACCUCUUGGCGUCGCCCAUCGACUCCGAGCAUACAGCGUUGCAUGAUCACGACCUAUGUAAACCCGAGGACGUUUCAAAUGAUUUCUAUAUUAUAGGCAUCUAUGUGCAGCGCAGUUUUGAUGUAACUUGUUGCAAAACUCCUACUGCUUACAAUACCGUCAGGAAAAUAUCACCGACUCUGUCAUUGCAAUGGAGAAGUGGAGCCCGGCCAUUGAUCCAACCUAUCGAAAAGGUCAAUGCGAAUUCUUUACGUGGAACUGGUCUCUGGGAACCGAAUUUUCAGAGGAUUUACUUAGUGAGCAUGGAAAUGAAGCAAAGGAGCACCUCUUUCGAGAAUUUCUACCUGCUCAUCAAAAAGAACUUGAGAGGGGUCACCGUACACUUCAAAGACUGCGCGAAAUUCAUCCUAUAGUGGCAAGCUUGGUAGGCACUAAGCCGUACCUUGUAGACGGAAUGACUCUGCGUCUGAUCAAUGGCGAAACCUCUGCGAUGCCCAAGACCUAUACAGCGUUGAGCUAUUGUUGGCCUAUGGAGCCAAGAAGGCAGACGUCAACUGGAAGACGGCCACUUCCUAUCAGCCCUUUGCUGUUUCAGCACCUCGUCCUGCAACGGGAGACGGCUGAUGAAGGCAUUUGGUGUGACCAGAUAUGCAUUGACCAGGUCAACAAGGACGAGAAAAGUAGAACGAUUACGGCUAUGGACGCCAUCUACAGGUCUGCCAGGGUCGUGGUCGUUGCACUGGAGGACAUCCAGGUUUCCACGGAAGAAGAAAUCUUUCUAAGGGCAUUCAUUGAAGAUUAUGAAGACAGAAAAUGGCAGCCGCUGCCGCCUCCCCAUAUUCAUGAAAGACCGCCGUUUAUGGAGAGAAACCCGGUUCUGAUGGGAUUCUUCUUGAAGAUAUGUCGGUCUCGAUGGUUCCAAAGAGCGUGGUGCGCGCAUGAAAUGCGCCUCGCGAAAAGACAUCGCUUCUUGAUACGAUGCGAAAGCGACUCUCAUACUUUGCUCUCCUUUUCGGACUUCUUCAUGGCCUACUUGGUUCUGCUAUCGGCUAGCGUAUCGCUACCGGACGAAGAAAAACAGGUUAGGCACAUACUCAAUCAGGUUUUCAAUUUCUCAGGUUACAUGGAUGAGCUCCGUCGGGUUCUGGUCGGAUCCUCGAACAAGGAGAAGGAAGACGGACAUUACACGCUAGCUUGGACAACUCUUAUCUCCGAAACGUUCAAGCUGGGAGCAGGCGGCGACCCAGAUGCGCCUGAUCGUGAGAAAGACGCAAACUUGGACAAAAUGACGAUUGUUCUCAACAGCAUGGGAAGUGGCCUUGCACUGAAGCGCUAUGCUGCUGCGCAAAGCUCACGCACAGCAUCGGAAGAACUCUGCCAAGCUGUUCUGUUCACGUUGUCUUUGGCAGCCGGUGACCCAACGUCAUUGACGACGAACGGUGAUCCUUUUAAACUUGCUACGAAGGAAUGUGCGAGUUGGUUGCGACGACCUCAUCACACUGAUAUUGGCUCCGGCGCAAUGAGGCAAGAAAAGCUGCCGGAAAUGGACCCAUUCUUUGUCAAGCUUGAUACAAGCCCAUAUAUGAAAUGGAUCGACCUCGACUUCUUCGUAAGCAGCUCACUGCAAGAGCCUCCCGCCGAACUCCGCUCUCUAGCUGGACUUCUUGUCUCAGAAUGCCGAAAGGCUGGUCUCGGAGGUGGAUUUUUGGGUCAAUUGGCGCAAGGUCCGCUCUACCUGGGCUGGAGAAUGGAGGCAGAUUUCGAGUUUUGGAAUAUCAACUUUACCGGCAUUAUCGCAAUAUUCCUCUUAUUUGGCCCAAAGUGGAUGCUCGGCAUGGCAGAGAAAUGUGGGUUCGCCAGUCCUCAUGUGCUUGAUGAGAUCAAGAGUGCCGUACGCACACAUUUCUCAGACGGAUUUGACCAAAACUGGCUCCGGGAUCAGGAAUGGACAAAGUCUGAGUCAAGUCUACAUGCUGUUGAUUGUUUGCUAAGGAUAGCAUACUGGCUGGUUGGUUGGUCAAUGUCCAUUAUGCCUCAGACGCAUCCUGAUCGCUGGACGUGGAAGCCGUACAUUUGUUUCUCUGAUCAAGGUUUCAAGGCAAUGAUCUUGUCGCCAGAGAACAUGACUGUCGCGGUGCCUCUUGCGCUGUGGCGGAUGGGCUACGACCGUCUUCCACGAGUUUGGCUCUUGGACCCCAAUUCCGAGGUGGAAAUGACUUCAAAUGCGUCUGAUUCUGGUGUCGGGGAUGAGAUUGCAAUGAGAGGAAAAUCGGUUCUAUUCGCCAAUUUGUCGAACGACGAUUAUUCAAACCUGCGAAGGCAAGGCCUUUGCACGCGAAUGCGGGUACAUGGGCCUAAGCAAAAUUCUCUCGAAGAAAAUUGAUUCAAAUGCAAUCCGGAUCGGAAGGCUCUGUCGCAGGGCGGUCCUUAAAUUCAAAGGCAGACAUCGUCACUGAGAUGCUUGCUCCGAGUCACGCAAUCAUUCCAGCUCGAUCCUAAAUUCAGAGAGCUAAAUGGAAGUACAGAUAAGGUUGUUUUACGCAAAGUAUGAGAGCCGUUAUUAUAAACUCGACGGGACUACACGAUCACGCCUGAUGCUCCUCGUUCACCGCGUGAAGCGGACCAUCCUCCCCUCUUCGUUCACAGCUGAAUCUCGUGAACCACUUUUCAUAACACGUGUGUAAUGCCAUGCAUUGCACAAAGGUACAACUGCAGAUGUCGGUAAAGAUUGGGAAAUGGCUGGAAAACCAUUAGUGUCGCACAACAGCCAACGUUAAAUAUCGCGGUGAACUACCGAAUCAGAACGCGACGACAGCUUUUCUUGAACCACUUAGUACUCCAGCGUCAGUCUUAGUCAGUGAU